CAAUCCGUCGCCCCCUUUAAGAGCUUGCUCCGCGGGACUAACGUUCGAACGGGCCUUGGCGCCCCUCCUCGGGCUCCGAUUGGCCGUGCGCAGCGCACGAGGGCGCGCCGGCCAGCCCCGGAACGGUUGGCGGCCCUUCGUGAUUGGCGGUCGAGGAGUCUAUAUAAGGCGCGGGGCGGCCGGGCUGCCCUGUUUAGCGACCGGACCCGAAACGGGGCAGUUGUCUGGUGUAGGACAGGUCGGCGGGGCAGUGCGCGCGCGUCACCGGAGUCGUUUUUCUUCGGAGUCUUAGGUGAUCAAGGGUGUGCCCAGGGGGCGGACUUGUUUGCGCCUCCCGUUCCCUCCCAGUUUCCGAACGUAACACCCCGGCGCCGACGGCCCUGUGCAGGGGAGGCAGGAUGGAGUUCAAGCUGGAGGCUCACCGAAUCGUCAGCAUCUCCCUGGGCAAGAUCUACAACUCGCGGGUCCAGCGCGGCGGCAUCAAGCUGCAUAAGAACCUCCUGGUCUCGCUGGUGCUGCGCAGCGCUCGCCAGGUCUACCUGAGCGACCCGUGCCCCGGCCUCUACCUGGCCGGUCCCGCUGGGAUCCCGGCGCCGCCACCGCAGCAGCAGCCCGGGGAGCCGGCGGCCGGGCCACCCGCCGGCUGGGGAGAGCCGCCCCCGCCCGCCGCCCGUGCCUCUUGGCCGGAGACCGAGCCGCAGCCGGAGCGCCCUUCCGUCUCACACGCGCCGCGGGUAGGGGACGAGGUGCCAGUGACCACGGUGACCGGAGUCGGGGACGUUCUUCAGGGCGGAGAGGCGGACGCGACGGAAGCUGCCUGGAGCCGCGUGGAGCGGCCGCGCCAGGCGGCGGCCAGAGAAGCCGAGGGUCCCGCCGGAGGCUGGGGCGUCUUCCCCGAGGGAUCGCUUGCCGCGCGCCGCCCCUGCGGCUGCCCCCUAGGCGGGGAGGACCCGCCGGGUACACCGGCCACGACCCUCCGCACUGCCUGCUGCUGCGCGCCGCGACCAGCCGAGGACGAGCCCCCCGCGCCGCCCGCGGUGUGCCCCAGGAAGCGCGGCGCGGCGGGGGUGGGCGGCGGCCCAGCGGGCUGCCCGGCGCCCGGCUCGACCCCGCUCAAGAAGCCCCGCCGGAACUUAGAGCAGCCGCCGAGUGGAGGAGAGGACGACGACGCGGAGGAGAUGGAGACCGGGAACGUGGCUAACCUCAUCAGCAUCUUCGGUUCCAGUUUCUCGGGACUCCUACGGAAAAGCCCCGGGGGCGGCAGGGAGGAAGAGGAGGGAGAGGAGAGCGGUCCGGAAGCCGCCGAGCCCGGGCAGAUCUGCUGCGAUAAGCCGGUGCUGAGAGACAUGAACCCCUGGAGCACAGCCAUCGUGGCCUUCUGAGCCCUUGGCCCCCGUGCGGGGAGGAGGUUGAGCAGCGGGCGUCCUCGAAGUGAGGGCCGGGCCCUUCCCGGCUGCGAGGACGCCCAGAGACCGCGGGCGCUGAGCGCGUUGGGCAGACUGGUUGCCGCUGGGCAUCGCAAACUGCCCCCGGGCGCAUCUGGCUUAUCUGGAGACCUGGGAGCUUGAGGCUCAUUGGAAGAGGACGAUCUUUAACUUUCUGUGUUUGUGUAUGUCUGUGUAUGUAAGUUUGUCUUGUGGCAUUAAGACUAUUUUGUUCUGGAAUGCACCACUCCUUCCCCAGGGCUUAAGAGACUGGGGGCAGACAGGGACUUUCCUCUGCCGGCUGCGUGGAGAAGGAAGCGGCUAAAAGAUUUGGGCCGGGGAGUUCCCCAUUCGUUCUCCGGGGAGGGAGGGACUUUACACCCACCCCUAACCGGAAAGCUAGACCCGCUUCAGGGCCAGGAGUGGCGUUUCCGCACAGGAUUUCCUAAGACGAGAGGGAUUUAGCCAGCAGCACAGACUUGCAGACUUGGAUUCCUUCUGUCCCUCCCCACCUUUCUCUCCCAAUGAAGAAACGUUUAUAUCCUGUGAUUACUCUAGGAAAGGGGCAUGUUAACCGUCCUUUGCUUCCCCGCAGGGGAGAAAAAGCUUGAACUUCACAGAAGAGUUCAAGCUUGGAAAUAAUGGAGUUUAUAGAGAAAAGAUAUAUUUUUAAAAGCUCUAGGUCAGAACUACUACACAGUGCUUUUAAAAAGUGUUUAAUGAAAGUUUACAGACAGAAGCCCGAAGUGGAAAGACCUUAUGGUUUUGUAGAUAUGGUGACUCCAGUCUUUGUUAUAUAAAGGUUGGGGGAGCUGAUAAGGUUUUUGUACAGUAUUUUCUCCUUCGUUGUAUUGAUUUUUGUAUUAAAAUGUAACUUCUACGUGUCUAACACGUAUUAAAUAUUUUGAAGCAACG